AUGGGUCGACCAGGGCUUAUCCCCGACCCAUGCUCGGUGUCGAGCAGGGCUCAGCCAAAUGGCCAGGAAAUUCCUUCCUUCUUCUCCAGUCAAGUGAAGUGGCCUAGUCCAAGGACCUCCAUGACUCCACAACUCCAUCAACGCCCCACCAGCUUGAGAUCGAAAUCCCCCGACUCCAUCAUUAGAUUCCCAGCUCCGUUGAGGCCAUUUCCAUUGCGCCCGGUCCCGCCAUCGCCGUCGUUGUCCUCUGCUUCUUCGCCGCUGGGAGGCUCCGGGAAUACCAAGAACUCGCCAUCAAGGGACUCUGAUUUCUCGGAGCUGCACCGACAAUUUUCGAACGGAUUACAGACAGAUUACGGGCAACCGUUGCCGGUGAAGCUGCCGCCUCCAGCACCGCCGCCACCGCCUCCUCGAUUGUUCUGGGAGAUUCCUCCUCCAUCUAACUCCCUCCGCACCAAGGAGCCUAAUCCAGGUCCGCCAGUUCUCUCCGUGCCUUCAAGACCGAUACUCUCACAGAACAUAGCUCAUAUUUCAGCGGGCGAGCACUCAAACACCAUGGGAGAUGCAGAGAGAAUGGAGGACAAUUCAAAGCCGAAACUGAAGCCAUUACAUUGGGACAAAGUUCGAACGAGCUCCGAUCGAGCUAUGGUGUGGGAUCAGAUCAAGUCAAGUUCUUUUCAGUUGAAUGAGGAGAUGAUUGAAUCACUUUUUAUGGUGAAUAAUAACAAUAAUAAUAAUUCAAAUCUGAUGGGCAAAGAAAAUGGUGGUGCUUUUGGGAACCAAGAGAAUCGAGUUCUUGAUCCUAAGAAGUCACAGAAUAUUGCAAUUUUGUUGAGGGCUCUCAAUGUCACCAUUGAAGAAGUCUCUGAGGCCCUUUUGGAAGGAAAUUCAGAUACUUUGGGUACUGAGCUUCUCGAAAGUUUGCUGAAAAUGGCGCCAACCGCAGAAGAAGAGCGUAAUUUGAGAGAGUACAAGGACGAUUCGCCUUUUAAACUUGGUCCAGCUGAGAAAUUCCUCAAGGUAGUUCUUGAUGUGCCUUUUGCAUUCAAGAGGGUGGAUGCAAUGCUUUACAUUGCCAAUUUCGACUCUGAAAUCGAGUACCUCGAACGAUCCUUUGAAACUCUCGAGGCUGCUUGUAGAGAAUUGAAGAACAGUAGAAUGUUUCUCAAACUUCUUGAAGCAGUACUCAAAACUGGGAACCGGAUGAACGUUGGCACGAACCGAGGCGAUGCUCAUGCCUUUAAACUCGACACCCUUCUCAAGCUUGUCGAUGUCAAGGGGACCGAUGGGAAGACCACUCUCCUGCAUUUCGUAGUGCAGGAGAUCAUUAGAGCUGAAGGUUAUCGACACUCCACCUCUGAUCAGAACCUGACAGCUGAUAAAACCCAACAAUCUUCCUUAACAAACGAUGUCGAGUUCAGAAAGCUUGGUCUUCAAGUUGUUUCAGGUCUUAGCAGGGAGCUCUCGAGUGUAAAGAAAGCUGCAUUAAUGGAUGCAGAUGUGCUUAGCAGUGACGUAACAAAACUCGCUGGAGGGAUCACAAAAAUCACCGAGGUCAUUAGAUUAAAUGAAGACAUGUUGAAAGGAGGGAGUAGCUCAAGUUUCUCGGACUCGAUGAACAGGUUCUUGGGGAAGGCAGCUGGAGAAAUAGCAAGGAUACAAGUCCAAGAGGGCAUUGUUCUUGCCAUGGUAAAGGAAAUUACCGAGUACUUCCACGGCAACUUAGCGAAAGAAGAAGCUCGGCCGCUGCGUAUUUUCAUGGUGGUGAGGGACUUUCUUACGAUCUUAGAUCAGGUAUGCAAGGAAGUUGGAAGAAUCAACGAAAGAACAAUAGUUGGUUCUGCUCGUCAAUUCACUGGGCCUCCGAAUCCGAGUCUUCCAUCGAUUUUCCCUGGAUUGUGUGAAAGUCAGCACUACGGUUCAUCCGACGAUGAUAGCUCAUCUUCCUCAUCUUAGCAGUGAAUUGAAUCUUGCUUUGACCUCGUCGUUUUUUUUAGUAAUGUAAUAUCUAAAAGUUGGAUCAAAUGAAACUGCUUGGUAUUUUGGUUCAAAUAGCUUUUGCUUGUAAAUAUGUUGAUAUUACUAGAGAAAGUUCAGAGAUGACUCUUGAAAGUUUCAUCUCUAUCUGUUUUUAGCCAUGGAAAUUGAUCAGUCGUUUACUGCCCAAAUUUGUAUC